CUAAUAAUUAGAGAGGGAAGCGAAAAGGCAGGGAGGGGAAAAGGUAUCUGGGUAGAUGAGAAGAAAAAUGUAUCCCAUUUAAUGCAGAGAUUGUUUAGGGUUUGUGAAAGACCACAAACCUAAUUUUUGCUUUAAAUAUAUAAAGUUAUUUUUCUCCAUCUUCUCUAACCCAAAAACCAUCAAACCCUUAAACUUCCAUGGAUGCGUUUUAGAUUAGACUUGUAGCCAUUGUUCGUUCGAAGAAACUUUAUAGAGUUCUCAUAUUUUUCAGGAGGAGGAAAACUAUGAAGAAAACCCUAAACACAACAUAUUUCUCAGAAGAUCUCUGGAUUCAAAUCUUUCCUUAUUUUCCAUUAUAUCUCAUUUUUAAGUUCAGAUGUAUCUCAAAGGAAGUUUUCAAUUGCAUAUCUUGAUUCUCAUUCUCAGUUCAUUUCUAGAUAUCACAACGGAUUUUCUUUUGAGUUCUUAAAUUCCAACAGUACAUUAUACUUUUUAGGAUCAAGUAAUGGAUUAGUUCUGUGUUCUAGAGAUAUAAUUCAUUAUGUCUGCAAUCCAGUUACUCAGAAAUGGGUUUUACUUCCUCUUCCACCACCUCAAUUUGAUAUGGAAAGACUCUCAACUCUAACUGGUUUCAUAUGCGACUGUUCUUCGGAACACACAAGUUAUAAGGUUGUGCGUGUGCCGCCAUGGCAACAAGAAUCGAACAAAUUUGGGAUUCAAGUGUUUUCUUCUGAUUUGGGAAAAUGGAAUUUGUAUGAAGUUUUUUGUCCAGAUGGUGUCACUGUGAGAUUUCCUCGAGAUGUCUCAGAUGGGCUCCCGGCCGAUGGUGUAACUAUCCAUGGAAAUGUGUUGUACUGGAUUGACAUGUAUGAUCGAAUUGUAGCUUGCAAUAUGGAGAACGAUGAAUCUUAUGUUCGUCAGUGUAGGUUGAUUGAUUUGCCUGGAAAAUCCGACAGGGGAAUAAUUAGUUCGACUCGUUGUCUUGGGGAGUCGGAUGGAUCCAUCUUUUAUGCGCGGAUUAACAGACGUCAGGAGACUCUCAGUGUGUGGGUGCGCCAAGAAGAUAACUUCCAUUUGUUGCAUAACGAUAUUGAUUUGCAUGAUCUCUUUGGCGAAAUUGAUAUCAAAUUAUUUGAAGAUUUUGAUGGUAUUAGAUGGGGGCAUGACCUAGUUGAAGUUCUCGGUUUCAGUCCUGUUGACAGUAAUGUUGUUAUAAUCGGUUACAAAAACUGUAUUUGGGGUUACAAUAUUGGAACCAGAAAAUAUGAUGAGCUAUGUCAUCCUUCCAUCAUGGGAAACAAACAUUCAGCUUCUGAUACUGUCUACUUACCGCUUGUGCUUAAGCCAGUGCCAACCAUACUUCCACCCCGCUCUUGGUAAGACACUUCUUAAUAUCUCUGGUUAAGAAAAUCUAUGCUGCUUUUUCGUGGAAAUGGUUAUCUGUCAAU